GACGUCGUGCAGUGCCAUGACAUGAAGCAGCCGAGAACUGUUUUUCAGCAGUUUGCGCUGUCCUGAAACACACAUAGAUGGCUUUGAACGGCUGAAGUUACAGCAAACACUAAGAACAACUUUAAUUAACGCACAUUUGACAUGUCAGACCCUAAAAGAGCUGGCGCUGAUGCUGGAUCAGUGGUUUCGGACCCUCAGCACUCCCAGAAGCUUCUGAGGGUCCUUCAGUCUUUCAGACAGGACGACUGUUUUCAAGAUGCAGUGCUGGUUUUAGAUGGUGAACAGAUUCCUGUGCAGAAAAACAUUCUGGCUGCUGCAAGUCCGUACAUCAGGACCAAAUUAAAUUACAACCCACCAAAGGAGGAUGGAUCUGUAUACAAAAUCGAGUUGCAGGGGAUUUCAGUGACCACCAUGAGGCAGAUAUUAGACUAUAUUUUCAGUGGGGAGAUCACUCUGAGUGAAGACACCAUUCAGGACGUUGUCCAGGCCGCUGAUCUUCUGCUUCUCACUGAUCUCAAGUCUCUGUGCUGUCAGUUCCUGGAGAGCUGCAUCACUGCUGAAAACUGCAUCGGUAUUCGGGUCUUUUCUUUGCAUUACUGCCUGCACCAUGUUUAUCAUGUGGCCACAGAGUUCCUGCAGACGCAUUUCCGUGACGUGGCCAAUACAGAGGAGUUCUUGGAGCAACCGCCUGAUCGCUUGUGCGAGCUUCUGUCCAUGGAAAAGCUCAACGUAGGGAACGAAAGACAUGUCCUGGAGGCUGUGGUCCGCUGGAUCGGCCAUGACACUGAAGCUAGGCGAGUCCAUAUGAAAGAGGUGAUGUCUGCUGUGUGGGUUCAAGGCUUGGACCAGAGUUACCUCCAGGAGCAGAUGCUGGGAGACUCGCUAAUGCGAGAGGUGAUUGGGAAUUGUUGUAUGGAGUCUCUAGGAGGAGCAGCACAGCAGGGAGAGGCUUUGCUUGCCGCAUUUAAACCUCGCGGCUACUCUGAGUGCAUCGUCACAGUCGGCGGUGAGGAGAGGACCUCUCGGAAGCCUACGGCAGUGGCGCGCUGCAUGUGUCCGCUUUACGAUCGCAACAGGCAGCUGUGGAUUGACCUGAUGCCAAUGAAGGAGAGGCGGGUUGGCCAUGGGGUUGUGUCUGCAGAGGGAUAUGUGUUUGCAAUUGGAGGAAUGGAUGAGAAUAAAACCGUCUUGAGCUCUGGAGAGAAAUUUGAUCCGGAGACCAACACCUGGACCCAGAUCCCAUCAAUGAUGCAGGCCAGACAGCACUUUGGCAUAGCGGAGCUGGAUGGGAUGAUCUAUGUGUUGGGUGGAGAAAAUGAGGACACUGAAGUUCUCCUCACAAUGGAGGUAUUUGACCCGCAUUGCAAUGUCUGGAGAACCCUGCCAAAAAUGACCACAGUACGCAAGUUUGGUAGCUGUGCCACCAUGAAGAAGAGACUGUAUGUGAUGGGCGGAGGAUCAUAUGGGAAGAUCUACGAUUCUGUGGAGUGCUACGACCCCAAAACCCAACAAUGGACAACAGUCUGCCCUCUUAAGGAGAGGAGGUUUGGUGCCGUAGCGUGUGGCAUUGGACAAGAGCUCUACGUGUUUGGUGGUGUGAGGAACAGAGACGCCGACAAUCCAGAGUCCAGUCAGAUGACCAUCUGCAAAUCUGAGUUCUUCCAUGAUGAGCUCAAAAGGUGGGUACUGUUAGAUGACCAAAACCUCUGCAUACACACCACAUCAUCUUUCGUGUAUGGAGCCGUGCCCAUUGGUGCCAGUAUAUAUGUGGUCGGAGAACUUGACACUGGCACCAGUUUCGACUAUGUCCGUGAGUUUCGCAGGAGCACGGGCACCUGGCACCCCACCAGGCCCCUCAUGCCCUCAGAUCUGAGCAAGACGAGCUGUGCCGCCCUGCGCAUCGCCAACUGUAAGCUGUUCCGCCUGCAGCUCCAGCAGGGACAGUUUCGCAUUCGGGUUCCAUCCACAUAAACAACCACUGACUGUAACACUGCUGUCUGGAGGGGGACGCCAGGGAUUGUGGGAUUCCAUUGGCUCCAACUGAGGUGUGGUUACAAUGUGGGAAAUCAUCUUCUGUUUUUGUAAAGUGGCUUCCAGUCACAGGAAAUUCUGUUACGUUAGAAGGGACCCGCUCGCUAUUUUCAUGCUUCAUUUGAGUAGUAUUAAUUAGGUUGAUGAUGUGGCUAGUAUCUUGAUGCGAAUACUUUUGAUUUGAACAUACAGUAGGUGAAAGAGGGCAAAAAAUGACUGUUUUAUACAAUGGACGAGUCUUAAAUGUAGGUUCAAUAUGAUAGGGAACAAUCAAGAAUUAAUCAGGGCUAGUGGUGUUUUAAGAUCGAGCACAGUUAAGUUGCUAAUAUUAUUACCAGUGUUAGUGUAGCUACUGAACAAUCAAAGGGGAAAUUAUGUGUUAGAUUAUUUUAAUGAUUUAUUAUAUUUUAGUAUUGGGCCUUUCAGAGGGAUUAAUCGCUAAUUAAAAAAGUUCCAUUAAAUAUACACUAGCUGACAAAAGUCUUGUCAUCGAUCCCAGCUGUAAGAGCAACAAAUAAUAACUUGACUUCUUGAUCAUUUGGAAAAAGUGGCAGAAGAUAGAUUUUUCAGAUAAAUCAUCUGUUGAACUGCAUCCCAAUCAUCACAAAUACUGCAGAAGACCUAUCGGUACCUGCAUGGACCCAAGAUUCUCACAGAAAUCAGUCAAGUUUGGUCAAGGAAAGAUCAUGGUUUGGGGUUACAUUCAGUAUGGAAGCGUGAGAGAGAUCUGCAGAGUGGAUGGCAAGAUCAACAGCCUGAAGUAUCAAGACAUUUGCGCUGCCCAUUACAUUACAAACCACACGAGAGGGCAAAUUCUUCAGCAGGAUAGCACUCCUUCUCUUCUUCUCCUGCUUCAGCCUCUACAUUGAAGUUUCUGAAAGCAAAGAAGGUCAAAGUGCUCCAGGACUGGCCAGCCCAGUCACCAGACAUGAACAUUAUUGAUAAUGUCAAGGGUAAGAUGAAGGAGGAGGCAUUGAAAAUGAAUCCAAAGAAUCUUGGAGAACUCUGGGAGUCCUGCAAGAUCGCUUUCUUUGCCAUUCCAGAUUUUUUACUUUAUUAGUAAGUUAUUAUAGUCAUUGCAGAGAUGUAUAAAUGCAGUCAUCCAUGCUCAUGGGAGUCAUACACAAUAUGAAUAAUUUUUUCACUGCACCAUGACUUUAUAUUCUGUACUGUACAUUAUUUCUGUUAAGUGACAAGAGUUUUGUCAAAGCAAAGUCAGACCUUACUGUCCUAAUUAAAUAAUUAAAAAUCAAGCCAUGAUCAUAUUUUAUAUUGGGAAAGUAAGCGUAAUUUAGAGGCCUUUGCCUUUCAUAUGAGCCACUUCUGAUACCAAAUGUUCAACUAGAAGUCAAGUUAUUAUUUGUUGUUCCUAAAACUUAAGACAAGACUUUUGUCAGGUAGUAUAUAUAUAAUUUUUUACACAUAAAAUAAAACAUAAUAUAGUCAUGGAAUUGUACAUGUUUGCCUGAUGCCUUUUUAUAUCCAUUCUUAUUAACGUUUCCAUUAUAAAUUGUAAUCUUAAUUAACUUUAUCAUUUAAGCAAAUCCUGCCUUACAACGUGCAAGUAUCAUUACUUUGUUUAAAAAGUCCCAUAUGUUUCAUUUAUGCAAAGAAAAACUGCUGUUCAAAGUCCAGCUAUAGGAUUAUUUGUAAUGAACAUGAGUAUUUUAUUCCAAAGAGUGUUUAUAUGGUGAACAUGAUACAAUUAAGCACUUUUAAUGUUAAGUUAGUUAAAGAAAUGUUAAGCAUUCUAAAAGUUAGCCUUUAGUUAAAUAGGAAAAAAACAAUCAUUGAAGCUUCAAGGGCAAGAAUGUGACAAGUUUACAUUUUUAACUAUUCUGUAGGUGUUAUAUUAUCAAACUGAAAGCAGGCAGUGGUGGAUAUUUGCAUAUUGGAUGUGUCUGCCUGUCUGAACUGAUUAAAUUUUGCUGUUGGUCUUGUAUCCAGGGACUCAAAACACCACAGCAUGUCAGAAAUAGCUGCAAGUUGCUGGUCUCACCCUUACGCGGCGAGAUGUAUUUUGUGAAUGACCUCUGAACUGGCUUUCCUGUCAGUGUGGACGGUUUUGGCAUCUGGUGACCCCAUUUGUUCUGUGCAUGAUUCAGCUGCUGCUGUCUGUUCUAAUUGAAGCGAUGAACAUUGCAUAUUCACCACCGUGGAAAUGCACACCAAUAGCAGGAAGAAAUACACUACCCGGUCAAAGGUUUGGGAUCAGUUUAUAUUGUUUAAAAGACACCUAUUCUGCUCACCAAGGUUGCAUUUAUUUGGCCAAAAAUACAAUCAAAAUUUUGAAAUAUUAUUAGAAAUAAAAUAUAUAUUGCAUGUCGUUUAAAAUAGUAUAUUUUCCCAUGAUUUAAAGCUGGGUUUUCAGAACUCUUACUCGUUUUAGAAUCACGUGAUCCUUUAAAAAAAAACUUUCAGAUUUGAUGAUCUGCUGCUCAGUAAUGAUGAUUAUUAUUAUUAUUAUUAUUAUUAUUAUUAUUAUUACCAGUGGUGAAAACUGUUGGGCUGCUUCUUUUUUUUGUGGAAACUGUAACAAUACUACAUAAAAGUAUGAUUAAAAAUAUAACAAAUUUAAAUUGUUCAAUAAAUUAAAAUAGAAUUAUUUCAUAAAUGAAAAUAAAGACAUUUAUAAAGUUACAAAAAUUAAGAAAUUAAAUAAUUACGCUUAUUUUAGCUUUCUUUUUCAUUAAAAACAUCCUAAAAAGUAGGGCCACAAGAUUAUUGGAAUUAUCAAAAUAUUGCAAACAUGCUUAUUGCAAUAUACUGUACAUAUCACAAUAAAUUAGUGAUUUAAUACAGGAGAAUCUUUGUGUGCCAUUGAUAUCCUAAAAAGUAGGGCAGUACAAAAUGAUUGAAACAUUGCAAAUGUGCUUAUCGCAAUAAAUUAUUGCAAUAGUUUGCGAUAAAUUUGCAAUUUAAUACAAGAGUAUUUUUGUGUGUCAUUGAUAUCCUAAAAAGUAGGCAUGCCUAAUAUAUCGGAAUUAUUCAAAUAUCGCAAAUGUGCUCAUCUCGAUAUACUUAUUGCAAUGAUUUGAGAUAAAUUGCUGAUUUAAUACUAGCGUAUCUUUAUUCUAAAAAGUAUGGCGAAACAAUAUGACGAAGUAUUGUAAAUGUGCCUAUCACUAUAUACAUAUCAUAAUGGUUUCCGAUAAAUUUGUUAUUUAAUACAAGUGUAUCUUUGUGUGUAAUUGAUAUCCUAAAAAUUAUGGUUGAACAAUGUAUCAAAACAUCGCAAAUGUACUUAUUGUGAUAUACAUAUUGCUAUAUUUAGCGAUUACAUUUCUAAUUUAAUAUAAGAGUAUCUUUGUGUGUCAUUGAUAUCCUAAAAAGUAGGGAAGAACAAUAUAUCGAAAUAUCGCGUAUGUGCUUAUCACAAUUAUCACAAUACUCUCGUGUUAAGUCUCUAAUUUAUCGCAAAUCCAUUGGUAUCCUAAAAAUUUGGGCUGCGAAAUGAUCGAAAUAUCAUACAUGUUCAUAUCGUGGUGGUUUGCAAUUUUUAAUUCGCUAAAACCAGGCAGAGUGAACAUGCUGUUUUUUAUUUAUUUAUUUUUGUCCAAAGCUCUGUAACAAUUUUAGUAUAGAUGCUGAAAUAUGACCAAACCAUGUUAAGAAAGCAUUAAACCUUAAGAAUUAAGAAGAAGAAUUAAGAGAUAUUUAUUUUAUUUAUUUUUGUUUGUAUACAUAAAGUGCCUGAUCUGUUUUAUCUUCUAUAAGAUUGUAGUUAUGCUUUCUUUUCCUUGAAAUAAUAUGAAAUGUAUGUUGGUUAUGACAUUCUUUAAAAUAAUAAUAAUAAUUCCUUACAUUUAUAUAACGCUUUUCUGGACACCCAAAGUGCUUUACACAUUUUUGGGAGGAAUCUCCUCAUCGAAAGACGGCUCUCGCUGAGCAGUAUAGAGUCUCCUUCACUAUAGUGGGGCGUUAGGACCCACAAAGACCACAGGUUGAGGGCCCCCUGCUGGUCUAACUAACACCACCUCUGGCAGAAACCUAGCUUUCCCAUAUGGUCUCCCAUCCAGGUACUGACCGGGAGCAGCCCUGCUUGGCUUCAGUGGGCAACCAUGUGAAAAUUGCAGAGAGCUAGCUGCCGGCUAAAAAUAUCAUAUCGCAUUCGCUAUAUUUAGCAUCCUAAACCAUAUCGCAUUUUUCUUCAAAAUCGUACAGUCCUACUAAAAAGUCAAAUAAAUCACGAUAUACGCAAAACUAUAAAGCAGAAGAAAAACUCAACAUUGAUAAUUAUAAGAAUCACUAUUAACGACUGAGUACCAAUAAUAAUUGAUCACAGUAGAACAGCAGAUCGGCAUAAUCAACUACUGAAGAAUCAUGUGACACUGAAGACCGAAGUAAAUUUAGUUUUGAAUUACAGAAAUAAAUGACAAAGUAUUUUAACAAUAUUUCACAAUGUUUUACUGUAGUUUUAUUAUAAUAAAUCCAGCCACGGUGAGCAGGUUUCAUUUUUAAAACAUCCCAGAUUAUCCCAGAUUUUUUGACACUACUAGUGUACAUUAAUGUAUUAAUAUACACACUUGGCGACACUAACAUUUCUCAAAAUUGAAUUGAAUGUACACAAAACAAAAUUUACAGGUCCACAAUGUUUGCAGUGUCUGCACCAAAGCACUGGUCACUAUUGAAUAGGUUCACUUAUCAGCAAACGUUUGUGUUGUUAAAAAAAAUGCUGUUGUUAUUGACAUCUAAUGUAAAAUUGAUAUGAAGUGCUGUCCAACUAUGCAUGAUGAUAUGUGAUGUGUUUUUCUUGCCAAGACUUCACACACUAUACGUGCUCAUGAAAAUGGUCAACACACUCGCUUGACUGUAAACAUUGUCAUGACUCCAUUUGCACAAACACUAAAACACUUGGUGUCUGCCAGAACAUUGAGAUGAAAUAAAUGUAGCACAUAAUGUUUAUGUUAUGCAAGGUGAUGUUCUGGUAUAAAAGGGAGAUUUUUUUUUUCUUCACUGUGGAUUCUCAUUCCAUUUUUGUGAUGUUUCUUUUUUGUUUCUGAGUUUGCCUCUGAGGUGCAGUAAUGUUGAAUUCUGCCUUGUAAUAAAAUCUCAUUCAGAAAGAAAUUAAAA